UAAAGAAUAUUUAAUAAUAUUUUUGAUAAUUUCCAUAAUAACCGCCAUCGGUGUAUUGGCUAAAUGUCUAUAUGACCACCACGUUAAACCUCGCGAUAAUGUAUUUUUCGUAAUGUCAGAUGAUCCAGAUUGUUGUAGUUCUAACAAUUUAAAAAAACAUUUAGUGUGUAGGAGUAAACAUUGUUGGGGAAAAUUAUUGAAAAAAUUGAUCGACAAAAUUGAUUCGGCCGAGAAAUCAAUAAGCAUUGCAAUGUAUAACAUGUACAAUGAUCAACUAAUUAAUAAUAUUGUUAAAGCACGUUUGCGUGGUGUCAACGUAAAAUUGAUUAUGGAUAAAUCGAACAUAUUAGACAUAGAAGAUGGAAGAAAAUUAAAUGCAGCAAGAAAUUUACAAACAGCUGGCGUCAAUGUUAAAGUAGCUGGAGACGAAAGAAAACUAAUGCAUAACAAAUUUUGCUUGAUUGAUCCGAUGUCACCUAACAGCGUACUUAUUAAUGGAUCAUUAAACUGGAGUACUGGGGGAAUUAAGAAUAAUUAUGAAAAUGUAAUGUUUCUUACGGAUCAACAUCUAAUCAAACAAUAUAAACAGGCGUUUGAAUAUAUGUGGGAGAAAGAUACCUCUCCAUUUAUUGGCUGAUCAAAUUGAUGGUGCAGUACGCAUGUGAACGGUUAAAAUGUCAACAAAUGGAAUAAACCACCUCACCAGUGUUGGUAAACGGGCAGAUGUUCCGGUUGAAACUGGUACUCGGAUUAUAGGGGUCCGUCUUCGAACAUGCAAAAGUUGAUUCCCUAGACUUUCGAAAAUAAGGCAGAGAC